CUGGCCGAUAGAGGGCCGUUGGAAAGACGCUGUGAUGUGCCAGGCAAUGGACUGAGCUGAGGACGACAGGACACGAAAUUAAAUUAGUUCUACGACCCAAUUAACGCAGGAUGGCUGAAGUACCCUAUAUUCUUGAUGAUCUCGACUACUACUCAGAGGCUUACCAGACCUUCACCCGAUGUUCAGCCGAGACAGGAGCCAUCCAGGAUUGGGUGGAGUCCUCCUUCAAGGAACAGAUUGUUGACAAGUUGUCUGUGAAAUGCCAGUCUGCAGAUCCUCUCAGAGUGUUGGGGAUUGGAAGUGGGGCGGGAAACAUAGACUGUGCCAUGCUGGAGCAGCUCCUGCCAACGUUCCCCAGGAUCAAUAACACCAUUGUAGAGCCUUCGGAGGCUCAGAACGACCUCUUCAAGAACCUCGUAAAGGAGAAAGGAGGUGCCUUAAAGGGUGCAUCCUUCGAGUGGAGUGUAGAGACAUCCGAUCAGUACUUGGACAAGGCCUUCAGCAGUGGUUCCCAGCCACCGAAAUUCCACUUCAUACAUGCAGUACAUGUUCUCUACUAUGCUUCGGACUUGAAACAGAGCUUAAAGAGACUCUAUGAUAUGCUUGAAGAUGGAGGUCUCCUUUUUAUUGUUAAUCUAUCAAGAAAUUCCACUAUCAUCAAGGUCCAUCGAAAGAUGAACGAGAUUGUGGCCGACAUGAGACCGCUCCUGCUGACUGAUGAGCAGAUAGAAGCUGCCUUGGACUCCCAGGACAUGCCACACACGGGUCAGCAAGUCGACCGCUACAUCCAAGGUACAGCCAUGUUUGGAGAGGGCUCUCAGGAAGGGGAUCAUCUCCUCGACUUCUUGACCCACUCCAAGGGCUUUCGAAGGGCAGCACCAGACAACCUCAGAGAGAGUAUCCUCAAGUACCUGAGAGAUCCCGACUGCUCCAUAGAGAAAGAUGGCGAGAUCCUAGUCUUUAGGCACUGGGUCCCCAUCACUGUCCCCAAGUAAUUCAGGUAUCUGACAUCCUUCCCCUCCUACCCCCAGAAAUAUAAUACGAGGUAGUUACAGGGAAAGUUUAAGCUGACAAAUGUUAGAAACAGUCUCUGAUCUUGCUCUCUCAUUGCCAUCAUAUUUCAGUUACAUUUCAUUUUGGCAGUGCACCUUCUUAUGGGGAAUCAUUUCUCAUUAAAUCAAUAAUUUAAAAAAUCUUAUGUUAGCCACCCAUUUUCUUCAAACGAUGUGAUAUCUUAAUCUCAUAACCCCAACUAUACUAUACCUUUUGCAUACUUUUUUAAAAAUCUCAUGUGAUGUUUAUUUUUUUAUGUUAGAUGUAUAUCUAUAUGUAAGUUGUUUACAAUUUUAGACUUAAAAAUAAAUGGAAAAAAAAUGCUUACCUUUUGGCUUAAUUUUUGUCUCACGUGAACAAACUUUAGCAGAGACCUAGCAAUCACUUUUCCUUGCUCUCACUUCUUUAAGUUCAUACGAGGAACAUAUGAUCCUUGGGUGAUAGCACAUGUAUGUACAUGAGGGUGAUGGAGACAAAGGUCAAAUGAUAUAAGGCUAUGUCUGUUCCAAACAUGCAAAAGUUUUUGUUCAGCUUGCGCUUAUUUCUUUAUUUCUGUAUAAAUUAUGUUGAUACAUGGUACAUAUGAUCCUUGGGUAAACCACGUGUGUUCAUGAAGGUGGUGCGGUCAGAGGUCAUCUAAUGGUCAAAAGGUCAAGUUAUUUGAUUGCUCUCAUUUCUUUAUUUCUGCAUCAAUUUUGUUUACACUUGGUACACAUGAUCCUUUGGGUAAUACCACACUGGUAUUCAUGAGGUAGACCAAAAGCUUCAGUCUCUGUAUUUUGGUUGUUCCUGCAUCAAUUGUGUUUACACUUGGU